UUGUCAUUCUUCUCUUAAACACAAAACACAAACUCUCAUUAGUACUCAAGGAAGAAGAAGAAGAAGAAGAAGGAAUAUAGAUGGCCUUGGAGAAGGUCGAGACGAUUGUCGCCGGGAACUAUAUCGAGAUGGAGCCCGAUGAGGGCCCGAAGAAUUCGAAGAGCAAGCUCUCCAAGUUGUUCUGGCAUGGUGGCUCUGUUUAUGAUGCAUGGUUUAGCUGUGCUUCUAAUCAGGUGGCUCAAGUCCUCCUUACUCUCCCAUACUCAUUCUCUCAGCUUGGGAUGGCCUCAGGGAUACUGUUUCAGUUGUUUUAUGGGUUAAUGGGAAGUUGGACUGCUUAUCUUAUCAGUUUAUUAUAUGUUGAGUAUAGAACUAGAAAGGAAAGAGAGAAGGUGGACUUCAGAAAUCAUGUCAUUCAGUGGUUUGAAGUUCUUGAUGGACUGCUGGGGAAGCACUGGAGGAAUGUGGGGCUGUUUUUCAAUUGCACUUUUCUUCUCUUUGGAUCAGUGAUACAACUGAUUGCAUGUGCUAGUAACAUUUACUACAUAAAUGAUAACCUUGACAAGAGGACAUGGACCUACAUCUUUGGAGCUUGUUGUGCUACAACUGUGUUCAUCCCUUCUUUCCAUAACUAUAGGAUCUGGUCUUUCCUUGGCCUCGUAAUGACUUCUUAUACUGCUUGGUAUCUUACUAUUGCAUCCUUGAUCCAUGGCCAGGUUGAGGGAGUUCAACAUUCAGGUCCUGCCAAGAUGGUUCUAUACUUCACCGGAGCGACGAACAUUCUCUACACCUUCGGCGGCCAUGCUGUCACAGUCGAAAUCAUGCAUGCAAUGUGGAAACCUCAAAAGUUUAAGUUGAUAUACCUGAUGGCAACCUUGUAUGUUUUGACACUCACUUUGCCAUCAGCUGCUGCUGUUUACUGGGCAUUUGGAGACAUGCUACUCAACCAUUCCAAUGCACUGGCUUUGCUUCCAAGAACUGGGUUCAGAGACACUGCUGUUAUUCUUAUGCUUAUACAUCAGUUCAUCACCUUUGGAUUUGCAUGCACUCCUCUAUACUUUGUGUGGGAGAAGGCGAUCGGAAUCCAUGAAACAAAGAGCAUUUUCAAGAGAGCAAUGGCGAGACUCCCUGUCGUCAUACCAAUAUGGUUUCUCGCCAUCAUCUUCCCUUUCUUCGGCCCGAUCAACUCCACUGUUGGUUCACUUCUUGUUAGCUUCACGGUGUACAUAAUUCCGGCUCUCGCUCACAUGAUAACCUUUGCACCUGCUUCGGCAAGAGAGAAUGCGGUGGAGCGGCCACCAUCAAUGGUGGGAGGGUGGGCUGGAAUGUACUCUGUGAAUUGCUUUGUGGUUGUAUGGGUAUUGGUGGUUGGAUUUGGAUUUGGAGGGUGGGCAAGCAUGUUAAAUUUCAUACAACAAGUGAACACCUUUGGAUUGUUCACAAGGUGCUAUCAAUGCCCACGCAAGACUUAAAAAGAAAGAGUUUGUAAUUAGUGUUUGUAAUGAGGAUUAAUAGAUUGGUGAUCAGUGUGGGUGUGUUUGAUGAUGAUGAUGAUGAAGCCAAUGGCUCUCUUUUGUAGCUUGUUUAUGUAUUCUCUAAAUGAGAUUCACUUGAAAAGAGUAAUGCAUGUGUUGCUUGUUUGAAUUGAAAGAAUUGGAAUUUGGA